AUGACGCUUGAAGGUGCCGAUGGAAAAACAGAAAAUGAAAUCGCUAAUAUCAUACAUCACUCAAAAAAUGAUAAAGAGAUGCUCAAAGCCUAUAAAGCUGUGAUAAACAGUUUAGAAAGUCCUAAUUUGAAAAUCGCCACACGAAUGUUUGUUAAUAAGGCCGUUGAAAUAAAGAGCGAUUUUAAGGCACUUACAAGUGAGUAUUUCUCGUGUGAAGUUAAUAGAAAAGAUUUCAAAAAAAGACCAGAAGAAUGUAGAAUUGAUAUAAAUAAAUGGGUGGAGAAAAAAACGAGCCAAAAAAUAAAAGAUCUGUUUCCGGAAGAUUCUAUACACGCUGAUGAUAGCUUAGUAAUGGUUAAUGCGAUGCACUUCUAUGCUGAAUGGCAGACCAGAUUCGAAAAAGAAAAUACUAUUGUUAUGCCUUUUCAUGUCACUCCUCAUAGAACAGUGAAUGUGAGAAUGAUGGUUGCGUGUAAAUCAUUCCAUUACGUGGAGUCUGAAAAACUGGAUGCCAAGAUUAUAAAACUUCUAUACUCGGAUGAAGUUUUCAGCAUCAUAAUUUUUCUACCAAAUAAAUUAGAAGGUUUGUCUGAAACAGAAAAUAAACUGAAAUCUAUAGAUCUAUUCGAAGAAUUGUCGACUCUCAACCAACGUACGGUGAAUCUCAUGUUGCCGAGGUUCAGGAUUGAAAAAACUAUAGACCUCAACAAUUUGAUUUCACAACAAGUACCUACAGCCUUUACUGACAAGGCAAACUUCCCAGGGAUAACCAAUGGACCCCUUAAUAUCAGUAAGAUUAUACAAAAAGCCUUCAUUGAGGUUAAUGAACGAGGGACUGAAGCAGCCGCCGCCACCGGUAUCGUUUUAACGCCUCGUUCAAGGAAGACCGUUGAAGAGAUGAAAUGCGACCAUCCAUUCUUUUUCCAAAUUCUCAAAGGUGGUAUUAUACUGUUUCAAGGCGCUCUUAUCGAACCAGAUCCAGAGAGAUAUCCAACAAUACUCGAACAAGGAACAAAUAAAUUUUGUAAAUAA